AUGACGACAAACAGAGAGACUACACUCGAUCAAGCACCUUGCCGUCGGAGUGCUGGCAUCGUGAGGCGCCUUCUUAAUCGAGCGCAUAUCUCCAAAGAUGCAAAUUUCGCAAGUACAGGCAGCAACAACUCCAGCGACUCGGAAAGUAGUCAUCAUGGAUCGCUGAAGGAGCGUGCCCGAGGCCAUACCCCGUCAAUACCUUGGUUCACGCCUGGACCCGGCACGUCAUCAUCGAAACACAGUGGCUCUAUCCAGGCGACUCUUUCGCGUGAUCUCUGGGACGAGGCAUACGACAGGUUGCGGCUUGAUCGAAACACGGCGGGCCUUGUCGUCACGUACGAAUUCAUUGUGUCCCAGGAGUUACCAGAUGAACUCAAGGCGAUAGCACGCGGCGUAUUGUCCUCGGCCGACGGGGACACUGAUCGCCGAGCUGAGUUUAUGACUGCAAUUGCAAGAACCGGUCUAGCCAAGCGACGUGGAAGCAAGACAAGCCAGGUGGACGACGUGUCGCGCAUGGUUGUUGAAUAUUCGAAACGUGCAGUGGCAGUUGAGCUCAACGAGUACCCAGCAACGGCACUCGCCUGGUCAGGCGUUUGCGUCUUGACACCACUCCUCGUCGACCCCCUUCUACACCACAACGACUUCUGCCGGGGCACUAUACAUAUCAUUGGUCGCAUUCCCUGGUACAUGAGCCUAAUACACAUGCUUAUGUCAAUGGCACGGCCUACUGGUAGCCACGGCGAUGAGGUCGAGCGACAAUACAAGAACGCAAAGGACAACAUUGUCGGCCUGUAUUGCCAUGUGUUGGAAUUUGAGAUGAACUGUAUUUGUGCUACGGCUAGCGCCUGGAACCAAGUGGCCAAGAACAUGGUCCGAUGGGGCACAAUCGGCGAGCUAGUGGAUACAAUACGCCAAGAUGAUGAGCAGAUGAGCACACUGGUCAACGACAUCGUGACGGACCUCCCACAGCGACAGGAGAUUCUUUCGAGAAACACAGACCUAGAUGUCGAUGUCCUUGACAAAGAGUGGCGUAUCAAUGAGGAAUCGGGUGAGGAGACAGGCCCCCGUCAUUAG